AUUCUAGUCACAGCAACACAUCUUCCUCCUACAGCUUCCGUCAGUUAUUGGGCGUCAUAGCACGAGAGUUUGCGUUGGCGGGCGGCUCAACAAUCGAUCAUGGUUCUCAAUCUCCCGUGUAUUUUUUUUAGUUAUGCGAUGGACAUCCUUUAAGACGUAAGUGUGAGCGGUAUGCAGGACACCAGAGUGGUGAAUUAUGCCGUUGCAAUGAGAGUGGACUGAUCGAGGCACUUUUUUUAAGGUGGCCACAGAGAUGGAGAGUCCUUCUAAGAUUGAGAGGCGCCAGGCGUGGGCAAGCAGUCGCCGCAAGAUUACCGUAAGAGAUACAGAACACCGCAGCCCAACAGCAAAACAUCAGCCUCAUUCCUCUCUCCAAGAUGAUGUCUUUGUGGAUGGAUGCUCUGCUGGAAAGAUUGAAACCUGGCUUCAAGGUUGUGGGAAUGAAGCCACUCCUGCCAAAAGCAGUCACCUAACAAUAGGCUCUUUGAAGACAGGUACCAGCUUUGAGGAUGAUCUGAGUCUGGGUGCAGAAGCUACUGCAUUAUAUGCUGCAUCAGGUGCACCACAGUUUAGCAGCAUACCUCAACAGAAUCUCAACCCGUCAUUGUUCAGCAUGGGCCAGAGCGUCGCAUCCAGUGCCUUCUCAACCACCACCAACAGGACUGUUUCCAGUGUGUCUGAGGUCCUCCACAUGCGUGCUGAAGAUGCAGAAGAGACCCUUUUUCAGCUGGGUUUCGGAUGCGAGGAACCGCAGGUCACUGCCCGCAUCCCAGUGCGCUUCUUCAACUUCCCAUCCCAGUUAAGAGGCAUCAACUUCCGCCUGUUCCUUGAAUCCCAGCUCUCCAGGAUACGCCAGGAAGACCCCUGUCUUUCAUUAGCAAGUCGUUUCCGACAAGUAGAGGCAUUGACGGCAAUGGCCAAUGCCUUCUAUUCGUUGUACUCCCAUGUGUCACGGACGCCGCUUCAGAAGCUUGCGCCACCCCAGUUAACCUUCACCUCCCCAAUUGUGGAGAGGACCAUGUCUCGAGCCAGUGUCCGCAGUGAACCGCGCUCACCUGUUGAAAGACUAAAAGACACUAUCUCCAAGAUGUGCUUGUACACGGGAUCCCGUGGCUCGGACUCCACGUCUCCAAGCAAUUCACCUCGCAAGCGGAAAUGCAGUCUGUCAGAUGUAGUUGAGAAAAGUGCAGAAAAUGACAGUGAAGAGUUAUGUCUUCAAAUGGGAGUAGAUGUUUUGGAACAAGACUUGGACUGGUUUAUAGAGAGCAAGAAAGAACUUGAGGAGGAAACGUAUGGGGAGAACACAGAAAGGACUGAUUCCUUGGACCAUAUACCUUGUCAGUCACUAUCUGAGGUGACAAAUGAAAACAUACACAACUUAGACCAUGCAUUAGCAGAGUGUACACCUUGUCUUGAACUAAAACCGGAGAUGGACGUGAAGUCCAAAGGUUGUACCCUGCGUUCUGUUCUUUUGAAUAGCUCCAGUGUUACCAUGGAACCUGUUCCUAUCAUUGCCCAUGAUAUCAUAUGCCCUCAGGUUGUUGAAUAUGUGAAUCAGGCACCUUAUCGCUGCCUUCACACAAAUAGUAUGGAUAUCGAAAACUCAACAUUUGCACACCAGACGACAAAUAAACCUUCUGUAAGACAAUCAAAUGCAAUAAAUUUACCAGAGUCAGAGUUAUGUCAGAUCACAAUCACUGGAUGGGAAGACGACACCACCCUUUCCAACAGAGACAUACAGGAGCAGAGUUCAUCCAACAUCAAGAGGUUCCUAAGUCCAGCAAAACCACUUAAUCUGAGCAAACAAGGCAACUCCUUCGAGCUGGAAGAGGUUGUAGUACAUUACUAGUGACCAGACUGACUUACCACAGGUGACAUUUUUCCAAUACCUCCAUUUUAGUAAAGUACACUAUUAUUUUUAGAAGACAAUUACUGCAAUUGACCAAAAUGAUUUUUUUCCCUCACGUUUCAAAAGUUGUAAUACAGUACUAAUGACCAGGCUGACUUACUACAGGUGAGAUUUUGCCAGUACACCCCGUCAUGUAUGUACAGUACAGUAUUAUUUUAGAAGAAAAUUACUGUAAUUUACCAAAAAGUUUUUUUUUUCAUGUUCCAAAGGUUUACUACAUUUCUAGUGACCAGACUGACUUACUACAGGUGUUGUAAUAAAGUUUGUGAUUUCUAAAAAUAAUACUGUACUGUACAUGCAUGAAGGGACGUAUUGGCAAACUCUGACGUAGUAGGUCAGUAUGGUCACUAGUCAUGUAAUACAACCUUUGAAACAUAGGGGAAAACACUUUCAGUGAAUUAAAGUUUUUUCUUUUCUUUUCUGAAAAUAGUAGUGUACUGUACUUGUAUAAAUUGAAGUUUUCUAAAAAAAUAAAACUGUACUGAAAAUUUAUGGAAGGAGGUAUUGACAAAAUAUCACUAGGAAUAUAGCCUACUAUAGCAACUCGAAUUUGAAAAUAACAUGUAAGUGAAUUACUGUUUUUAGUAAACAAUAAUUGAGUAAUGUGCACGUAUAAAGUGAGAUACUGGCAAAAGCACAUAUAUUGUAAGUCAGUUUUCCCAUUAGCCAUUUACUAUAAUCUUGAAGAAAAAAGAAAAAAAAAUUAUAAAUUUGAAUGAACAAUUUGACUUAAUUUUCAGACAGUCUCUUAAGCAGCCUAGGCAAAUAUACAGUGAAUAUCAAAGCUAAAACUAACUUCACCACGCUCAGUAAGCACGACAGAACAGAACACGAGUAAAGACAACAGUAAGAACGACAGAACAGAACAUCAGUAAAGAUGACAGUAAGGAUGACAUAACAAUACGACAUAAACAGAGGACAUACACAUCAACAUAUACUAAUUUAGCUGAACAAGUAGGCAAUGACUGUAGACAAGGACAAAUGUGUAGUACAAAGCAGUCGGUUUAUUUUUGGCACAAGUGGAACCUCAUACUGAACUGUCCCUUUAAGCAUUCAAAUGUGGAAUGUAUCUCAUCCAUAUUUGUGUUUUGGACAUGAAUGAUGUCUCAAACUUACAAUUUUCCCCUAAUCAAUGAACGACAGUAGUAUCAUAAAAACUUUAGGGUUGGCUUAUUUGACUUUGGCUAGUAAGCAACAUGCUAAAACCACAAAGAACACGUUUUCAAAUGCAUAGCAAGCUAGCAUUGAGGAAGCAUGUUUUGUAAAGGAAAACAGCAACUUGGCAAAGUAAAAAUCUAGUUUUCUAUACUGUUACUUUGUUGUGGGAUGAACAUUAAGUAUAGGGUUUCA